CUUCAAAUUUCCCCAAAAAAAAAAAAAAAAAAAUCUCUCUCUCUUUCUCUCUCUAAUGGCGGCGACAUUAGGCAGAGACCAGUACGUGUACAUGGCGAAGCUCGCCGAGCAGGCGGAGCGUUACGAAGAGAUGGUUCAGUUCAUGGAACAGCUAGUCACAGGCGCUACUCCAGCCGAGGAGCUCACCGUCGAAGAGAGGAAUCUCCUCUCGGUCGCUUACAAAAACGUGAUCGGAUCUCUACGCGCCGCAUGGAGGAUCGUGUCCUCGAUUGAGCAGAAGGAAGAGAGCAGGAAGAACGAGGAUCACGUCUCGCUCGUCAAGGACUACAGAUCUAAAGUGGAGACGGAGCUUUCGUCCGUCUGCUCUGGGAUCCUUAAGCUCCUUGACUCGCAUCUGAUCCCAUCAGCUGGAGCGAGUGAGUCUAAGGUUUUUUACUUGAAGAUGAAAGGUGAUUAUCAUCGUUACAUGGCUGAGUUCAAAUCUGGUGAUGAGAGGAAAACGGCUGCUGAAGAUACCAUGCUCGCGUACAAAGCUGCUCAGGAUAUCGCAGCUGCGGAUAUGGCGCCUACUCAUCCGAUAAGGCUUGGUCUGGCCUUGAAUUUCUCAGUGUUCUACUAUGAGAUUCUCAAUUCUUCAGACAAAGCUUGUAACAUGGCUAAACAGGCUUUCGAAGAAGCCAUUGCUGAGCUCGACACACUGGGAGAGGAAUCCUACAAAGACAGCACUCUCAUAAUGCAGUUGUUGAGGGACAACCUAACCCUUUGGACCUCCGAUAUGCAGAUGGACGAGGAGUGAGGAUUUAGAGGAAGGGGGGAGAGUGUUUCCACCACCACCAAAUCGAUCUCAAAAUCCCCAUAACCUUUGCUCAAUGUGAAAAAUUAUUUAAGUGUUUAUGAUGAUUAUGAUUGUGCACAGCUUGAUGAUUUAUCUUCUCUACUAAACCUCUUUUCUCUUAAUAUUUAUUGUCUCCUGACUCUGCUCAAGCCUUUAAACCACUUUCUCCUUAGAUGACUCUGGUUAAGUUA